GCGACAACAACGAUAAGAUUGAUAGCAUGAAGCUUCCGGUUUUGCUGUUCGGCCUCGGGCUGAUAACAGGUGUGCUGUCGCAAGGAUUCGGACAGCAGCCUCCACCAUUCCGACCGAUUCCCAAAUCGUUCGCGGUUCCCCCGAAAGCUCAACGACGCCAACUGACGCAACAGCAGCAGACGCACAUUCUGAGCGACAUUCAGAAGCAUCAGCAUCGUUUCAAUCUGCAUCAGAACCAGCGUGCCCCGAACGUGUUUAUACAACCGUCGAUUCAAAUACCGGUGCCCCCUCAACCUCACGGAAGGCAACCGUUCAGUGGCCCCAGUAACACACAGCAACACUUUCAGCCGAACGCACACUUCCACCAUCACUCGAACAACUUACAUCCACCACCACCACCACCACCAUCGUCCAAUGCACCGACCAACAGCUUCCGCACACCGUCCAGCCGACCAGGACCAAACUUUGGAGCACAAGUAAACCGCUACUACUUCCAGCACCACACGCAAACAACAUUCAUACCCAAUUUUUUACAACUCUUACAGCAGGACACACGCCUACCGCCUCAGCAACGUUCCGUACAGAACCAACUACAGCAGGCCCAAUUCUUCAACGGACCACCACCACCACCACCACAACACACUAACGGCCCCAGUGGUCCCGUCGUACAGCCACUGAACGGUCAAUCGUCCUUCUUGAACAGUAUCGACACGCCAACCUUCGGUGCACCUCAAAGACCCAACACCCUCCAAGCUCCAUUCCUGCAGAGUCCCCCCUCCUUUACCGGCAAUGGGCAGGUUCGCUUCCCGAACCAGCCAAACCCAUCCAACGUACCAACUCAUGGCCAACAGCAGCAGUCUGUGCCGUUGUUCCCCAAUCAGCAGUUACCACUGCCGAAUUCUGCCCAAAACUUCAAGCUCUCCAGUCCGAACGUUGGACAAUCGGCGUUCUCCGCGCAAUCGACGUUCCACAGCCAAUCGGUCAACCCAGCGCUACAGUUCCCGCCACUUUCCCAGCCCAUUGGGCCCAACUUCCAGCAACCAUCACCCCAGUUCCAACAGCAACAGCAGCAACAACAGCUCCCGAGACUUCAGCCAAACAUCCCGUUCAUCCAGUCGGCUAACAAUUUCAACACCCAACCAGGAGUUGGAUUCCCACAAGCACAACCUCAAAUUCAAUCAUUCAAUGGACCACAGCAACCCGUUCAGAGCCAGUUCGGUGUUGGUCAGACGACAAACUUUAACGGACUUCAACCACAACAGCCGCUCAACUACCAACAGCAGCAGGAGUACGAACGGCGCCUCAAGGACGAAAGUGAACGUAUUCGCGAGCUGCAGGAAAAGCAGAAGGUGAUCCAAAAGCACGAACAGUUCCUGCAGAAACAAUACCAGAAGCAGCAGGUAAAGGUGCAGCAGCUUCACCAAGAAUUCCUGAAGAAACAGCAAAAGAUCCUCCAGCAGCAGCAGCAGUACGAUCAGGCGCAAAAAACCGUCGUUCCGUCACAGGUUCGUUCGCGUGAAGUCUUACCAUCGGAGCGGACAUUGUUCGAAAAGGCCGUCAAGAUGCAAACGAAACCGAUAGCCGAACCUACCACCGCAACCAGCCCGUCCGCCGCUGGCCAGCUAUCGGUGAUUCCGCUCAAGCCCAACAGUAAGAAGGAUUACAGCAGCAUAACGCAGUCCGAUCUGGAUGUGCUGCUUAGCUCGAACCGACAAAAUCUGUUCCAAACGAUCAAGAGCGAAACGGCUAAACCGGCCAAGGCGAAACCGACAAAGGUAAAAUCGACGAAAGCCUUAGGGCGGGAAGAUUUGUUGAAGCAGCUGAAGCUGGCGCUCGCCGAAACUUCACCCGAUCUUGGUGGUAAGAACUACAGCUCGACCGACCUGAUCCUUCCAAACGGUGAGAAAGUGCAGGUAAUCCGUACGACCGACCCAGAGAUCAUUAAGCGUGCCAACGCCAAUUCCGAGGGUGUCCUAACGCAGCAGCUCGAUUCGCCCACCACACCGAAGCCGCUCUCGUUCGAAGACAUUGCACGCAGUGGUUUGCUGCCCCCGGGGGCCGACUUUGAGCUGAUCAAGCAAACGGAAGAUGGACAGAUCCAGGAGGUGGGUAAGAUUCCACCACAGAAGAAGGUAACGUUCGUGUAUCUGGAGGAACAGGACGACGGUUCGUACAAAGUGCAGGGCGUGAAGGGAAGUGGAGACAAGGAAACGAAGACAUCCGGUGCCGAUGUGGACAGCAUCCUGAAGCGCAUCAAGAACGGUGAAAUUCAACUCCCUCCCCCAUCGUCAGCAGUGGCCAAGGGAUCGUCCAAACCGGACAUAGUGCUGGAUACACCCGUCACGACCACUACGCCGCGUCAUCAACCGAUCAAGAAAGCGAACUCGGUGACGAUCAUUCCACACAGCACACCGAUCGAGGAUCACGCUUCGACCGCUUACCUGUCCGGCAGUACCGUGCAGCAUACGGCCGCUCCUGCCACCAUCUACGCCUCUACGCCUGCCCCUGCCAGUCCGAGUGGUGUAACUGCCUUCUCACCGGGAGCUUACUCCGGCAGCACACUUCCACAGCUCGUCUCGGCCCGGCUCUCGACACCAGCUCCGGUGUCUGGCAACUUCCAGGCAGAUAGUACAGCACGGUUCUCCGAAGCGAACUCCGUGUACACACCGGCUGCCACAACGGCCAUACCUCCCGCGACACCCGCUCCCAGCAUCUAUCAGAGUACUAACACGGAGCAGUACUUCUCCGAUGCAACGGCCGCCGCCAUCGAGCAGCAACAGCAGACGGCCAGUACCUAUCAGCAUCAAACCAUUCACUCCUCGCAUCAGCCCACGGCAAACGACGUUGUCCCGACGGCUUCAGCAUCCGAACCCGUAACGCAACAGCAGCAGCAGCAGCAAGACAACAGCCAACUUGCAAAGGAAGACUCGCAACAGCAGCAGAACGAACUGCCAGCAAUUCUCAAGAAUAACGGACUAUUUGCCAUGGCCAAAUAUCUCCGUCAGUCUGGUCUCGAUACGAUUCUGAACGAAACGGGCCCGUACACGAUCUUUGUGCCGACCGACAAGGCGUUCCGCAGUCUGCUAGUGCAGCUUGGUGGACCCGAAAAGGCGGAAGAAAAGUUCCGCAACAAUCCACGGUUACUGAGCGGACUACUCUUGCAUCAUGUCAUUCCUGGAUCGUUCGAAAUUGCAUCCCUGCAGGACGAAAUGACUGGAGUGUCGCUCGCUGGAACUCAGCUUCGUGUGAACCAGUACAACAUGCACGACUCGGAAUGGAACGACGUUAAGGUCACAACAAUCAACGGCGCUAUGGUCGUUCCAGACAAGCAGGACAUCGUGAUUCCCCAGGGUAUUGCGCAUGCCGUCGAUCGCGUCAUGUUCCCGCUACCGGUUGGUGAUAUUCUUCAGACGCUUCAAUCGGACCGUGAGCGACGUUUUACUCACUUCCUGCGAGCUUUGUUUGCAUCGGGAAUGUCGGAUACUCUCCAAAAUAAAGGUAUCAAAACUUACACAGUAUUCGCACCGACCGAUGCCGCAUUUGCUCAUCUCACGUCCGAGGAGCUCACCAACCUAGUCACGGAAAAGGACCAGGCGGAAGAGCUCGUACGCAAGCAUGUUGUGCCGGGCACACUGUUCACUGCCGGUAUGCGUUUCUACCAGGUUAAGGAUGUUAUGGCGGAGGGUAAAACGGUAACGCUGCAGAAAACGGGCGGUAAAAUCAAGGUUAACGAUGGUUAUCUGCAGACGUCCAACAUCCCAACGACGAACGGCGUCAUACAUGCGAUCGAUUCGCUGCUGUAA